AUGGAACCGAAAACAGAGCUUCAAAAAAAUGCAAUUGCAGAAGCGCGUCGAAGAGAAUUGGAGACUUAUCAAAGAGCUUUGGAUAUUCAAUGGCUAAACAGCCGCAUGGAAGACGGAAGGAUGGGUAGAUGUCAAGCACUUAUUCAAAAAGAGGCUGAAAUGGAAAAAGAUUUCCAAGAGAAAACAGACCAUGCAGCAAUUGUCAAUGCAAAAGCUAAAAGAGAAACAGCUCUAGGCAUUGAAAUAGCAAAAAUUAAAAGAGAAGAGGCAUGUCAACUUCUUAGAAGGCAUUAUUUAAGGGAAAGAGAUCCAAGUUUAAGAGAGUUAAUAAAAAAAUUACAAGCUGGGUAUGUUUGUAGAGACCUGCAACAGCAAAUUUUGCAUAAUCAGUACAAAAAAUUGCAAGAUAAGGUUGAAGAAGAUUAUGCAAACCGAGUUCUACUUAACUCAUUGUACAAUGACAAAGAAGCAAAAGCAAAUGAAGAAAGAACUAAAAUAGAUAAAAAUAGGAAAUAUUGUUUAGAAUUACAACAACAGUUGGUUAACAAACAGCGACAGAAGCAAUGUGAGUAUGAAGAUACACUGAUUGAGAAGAAAAUGCUAGAUGAAGUGUUAAGGACUAUAGCUGAUGAGGAUCAAAGAGAGCUCAAACAUAAGCACGAGCAGACAGACAAAAUGCGUAAAGAAAUGGUCACAUUCAAACAAGCGAGGGAAGCUUGGAAAGAGAAACAAAAGGAAAUGCUUAUUAUCGAAGAAAGGAAGAUUGAAGAACAGAUUAAAGUAGCAUCAGAUAGGAGUUCAGCCAUUAUUGCAGAAAGAGAAAGAAAAAUGAGAGAAAAGGAGGAAAUGAAUCAUAAAAUUGCCGCCAAAAUAUUGGCUGAUGAGGCAUCUCGCCAAGAACGUGAGAAUUUAAUAAAACUUCUCCAAGAGCAAGAAUAUUUGGAGAAGAAUGUCCAAGACGAUAUCGCGGAGAAGAAUAAGUUCGAGCUUGUCAAGAGCUACACGAAGCAGUCGCUGACGGCGCAGAUGGAGAAUAGAAAGAAGUUGGAGAAAGAGCAGAAAGAGAGAGAGGCAGAGUUUAGGAAAAGUGUCGAAGCUAAAUUGGCGGCGGAUGAUGAGAAAGAGAAAGAAAAAGAGCGUAAAGCGAAAGAAAAGAAACAGAUAUAUUCAAUGGAACUGCGCCAGCAGAUACAAGACAACGCGGCGCGGCGCCGCCAGUGCCGGCGCGCGGCGCGCGGGGACCACUGGGAUAUGGCCUGGCAAGAAGAGGUGUCAGUGGAGCGCGCCAAGAUAGUGUCUGAGCACGGGCCCCUCGUGCGGGGCUUCCUGCAGCCGGGGGCCCUGCGCGCGCCCGCGCCCGGGCUCCCGCCCGCCGGGGCCCCGCCCGUCGGGCCCCCGCCGGCCCCCGCGCGGCGACCUAAAUGCAACGCGCAGUGCCGCGUGCUGAGACUGUAU